CGUCGGCUCCCGGGCCGGGGCGGGGCCGGGGCGGGGCCCAACGACCAACUCCACGGAUCGCAGGGCUGAGACCCCGCAGCCAGCUCUCGUCAUGAAGCGGCCCAGGGCGCCCAGUGGCUCCGAUGGCGAGUCUGACGGACCCAUUGACGUGGGUCGGGAGAGCGACCUCAGCCAGAUGGCCAGACCGCUGACCACCCCCAGCCCUUCGCAGAUGCAAGCCCGGAAGAAACGCCGAGGGAUCAUAGAGAAACGGCGCCGGGACCGUAUCAACAGCAGCCUUUCUGAACUGCGACGCUUGGUGCCCACUGCUUUUGAGAAACAGGGCUCCUCCAAGCUGGAGAAAGCCGAGGUCUUGCAGAUGACCGUGGAUCACUUGAAGAUGCUCCAUGCCUCUGGUGGCACAGGGUUCUUUGACCCCCGAGCCCUGGCUGUUGACUUCCGGAGCAUUGGUUUUCGGGAAUGCCUCACGGAGGUCAUCAGGUACCUGGGGGCUGAAGGACCCAGCAGCCAUGCAGACCCUGUCCGGAUUCGUCUUCUCUCCCACCUCAACAGCUACGCAGCUGAGAUGGAGCCUUCACCCACACCCACUGGUGCCCUGGCCUUCCCUGUGUGGCCCUGGUCUUUCCUCCAUAGCUGCUCGGGGUUGCCUUCCGUGAGCGGCCAGCUCGCCAUUCUGGGAAGAGUGCCUGGCCCUGUCCUCCCCAGCGUCUCUUCUCCCACUUUCCCCAUCUCUGCCCUCCGGUCCACUCCAGUGCACAGAGUGGCGGGCACCAUCCUGCCGGCCCGGAGGAAUCUGUUGCCCAGUCGAGGGGCAGCUUCCGCCCAGAGAGCCCAUCCUCCCGAGAGGCCAGCUGCCCCUCCGCCCACAGCCCCUGGUAGCAGGGUUGCCAGGAGCAACCACGUGGUCCCCGUCCUGCCGUCUUCUUCUCCGACAGCCCCUGGAGCUGGGAAAUCUGAUGACAGUGUGUCUGGUCCCAUCGCCAGUCCACCUCCUUUGGGGCCACCUGGGAGGCCAUCAGGAGCAGUGCUCUACCACUCGUGGGUCUCUGAAAUCACUGAAAUUGGGGCUUUCUGAGCUGACCCCACACACACACACACAACCAUCCCCGAGGAAUGAGAAACGUUCCUGUUCUCCCCGCCCCAGGAGCUCUGAAAAUGGUGCCACCUUUUCUGAUUUAUUUUCUAGAACGGCUUCCAUACAAAGGCAUCUCUCCUCACCCAUCAGAGCCCCGCCCCCGCCCCGCCCCCACCACCGACCCUGCUGCCCACCAGGCUCCCCUGUAGUCCUUUCAGAGCUCAGAGCCUUAGUCUCAUUCCCCACAGGCACAGAUGAGUUACAUGGUACCUUGUGACCCCCUAAGCACUGUGGACCCAGAACGCAUGGACCUUGGGUCUGGAGCCGAAGCUUUAAAGGAUUCCAUGGCCAGGGGCAGGCUGCUCACACGAAGAGGUGGGACUCCUAGUCCUGAGGACUGGUGAGAUUCAGCCACCCCAGGCCAGCAGGAUGGAAUGUGCUGUCUGCCUCACUUCCUGAAGACAGAAAUGAAGCAGGGGCUACUGAGCCAUCUCUGCAGCCCGCCCCGGUGAAGCACAGGACAGAUCUGUUCAAUACAGCUACGGCCUGCAGCCACCGUCGUCCCCGCUUCAGAUGCCCACAUGACUAUCCACUAAGGCUUGACAAGCCGAGCCAGGAGGAUUCUCCACAGCAGCGAAAGCUCUGAGGCAGGAGAUCCCUACCACCGGGUCUCCACAGCGCUUCAGACAGAAGCCAGGACCGAGAGAGCAUCGGGAGAGCCCAGCUCCCUUUCUCUUGGGUACUGUCCUCCAGGACGAUGGCCCUUCCCACGGGGUCCCCAGUGUGGAGGACCUGUGGCCAUGAUGGUAGCACCCCAAGAGGCAUUCUCUUGGGAUUCAGCACCAGACAUGUGAGCGGCCUGGUUUGCCUCCGGCUCCCAGAGCCCAGACUGCUGGCGCAGCCGAGGGCCGUCAGGCUGGAUAAAAAUAACUUGGAGGAGGGGGAGAACAGGCCGAGGCGGCUGGGCUCUUCAAGGUCAUGCAGCCGGUCGAGGGCCUGAGAGUCUGCUCACCCAGAUUUCACACAGCUGGCUCCGCUCAGAGGCCAGCUCACUCCCCAGCUCCGCCUCAGGCGGCCGUUUGCCUCUCUAGUGGGAAUAAAUGGCCGGUGUAGCAGCAGAGGCUGAACUGACAUUUAGGGUUGCCCUAUCAGUAAACAAAGUGUGGAAACGUUUCUGUCCUCUUUGGUGAGCACCUGCUCCCCACAGGGCCCCCGGGGGCCACCCAGCGUGCCAUCUGGGAACACCCUGGUCAAUGCCUGGCAAAACCAAGAUUGUGGGGAUCUGGAACUGGUUGUUCACUGACGCUGGGGCCGUGGUGAUUGUGAAAUACGAGGUCAUCCUGGAAAGCCUCCAUCCCCCGCUCCCCAUCCCAGCCUUGGAUGGAACCACAGUCCCCAGAGCUGUAGUAAGGAGCCUGUGGGCACAAAAGUAGAGUUUACAAAACCCUGGGAGCAAAAGGGGUCAUUUCAGAACAUCAGGACAGAGGGCAGAGGUCACCUGAGUGACCCAGAAAGUGCUUGCAAAGAGGUCAAGAAGAGAUAAAGACUUCCUUCAUUUCUUAGUGGAAGCAAGUUCUUUAAUCUUGCUGCCAUAUUGGACCCAUCUGAGGGCGUCCCUGUGGAGUGCAUGGUCAGCCCCCCGAGAAACACAGGUGCAGGGGGUAGAAGAGGCAAGCAGGCUCCUGGGGUGGGGGGAGGUGAUAGGAGUCCCUGGAUAUUAGGGUCUUACUGCAGGCCUGCAGUUCGGCAGCCUCCUAGCCAGAGAUUCGGUGUUCACUCACGGCUGCGCUAUGGGAAACACAUUUCCCCGUUGCGGGUACCCGGACUGCGAAGCAGUCUGUUGGCACCAUGGAAACACGGCAGAAUGGCUGAGCCCUUUGAGCAUCCAUCCUGGUUGGUGUUGGCUUCCUUCUCCCAGGAGACUGGGCAGGUCACACACACACACACACACACACACACACACACACACACACACACACACCCGAGUACUCACGCCUCCUGUUUCUAGUCCCAACCCUUUCUGGUGGCCCCAACACUCUCAUCCCACUGCAAGGUGUUGCAGGCAAGCAAUAAAGAUGUUUAGUUCUGGAAACUUC